AUGAGUCACGUCAAUCCCGCGAAAAAGUCGCAAAAAGAAAUGACAAAGGCAGAACGUCGUGCCUUACAAGAACGUCAAAGGGCUGAAAAGGCAGCAAGAACUGGUGGUGCAACUUCAAAGAAGCCAGUCCAAGGAUCUGCCCCGAGUGUGAAUGUAGUGCCUACUUCUGAAAUUCCAAGUACACCAAGUGCAAACUCUGAAAUGGGCGGGGUUGUUAAAAGCAUUGACACUAAACAGAAGGAUACUCAAAGAAAAGGAAGUGACAACAAGCAAGUUGCACUUUUUUCCCAUUUAGAUAUUCCUAAAGGUGCUAAUACGAACACAGCUCCUAAAGAAAUUCAUCCUGCAGCUUUGGUUCUAGGGUUGCAAUUUUCGGAAUUUAAGAUAUGUGGAGCAAAUGCGCGUUGCAUCGCCACAUUGACCGCUUUUCAAAAGGUGAUUCAAGAUUAUAAAACACCUGAUGGAACGACUUUGUCUAGGCAUUUGCCGACUUAUCUGUCUCCCCAAAUCACUUACCUGGUAAACUCAAGACCGAUGUCAGUAGGGAUGGGGAAUGCAAUUCGCCACCUCAAAUUGGAAAUAUCUACGAUAGAUAUUGAAAUGUCGGAAGAUGAGGCGAAACAAGUAUUGUGUGAAAAAAUUGACAAUUUUAUACGUGAUCGUAUUACGGUUGCUGACAGGGUCAUUGUUGAAUAUGGACUACAAAAGAUCCAAGACGGGGACGAUGUAUCAAAAGUUUUCUUGGGUGCUCAUGCUUUUAUGUCAAAUGGCGCGCUUUAUUCUCGUGUUGGUACUGCAUUGGUGGCAAUGAUGGCAAAAGAAAAAAAUAUACCCGUCAUUGUUUGCUGUGAAACUUAUAAAUUUACAGAUAAGGUUCAAUUAGAUUCUUUUGUAAUGAAUGAACAAGGAAAUCCUGAUGAAAUUGUUAAUAUUUCUACAACACCGUCACCUAAACCUGGAUUAUUGUCCGGAUGGUUGCAAAAACCUGAUUUGAAACUAUUAAAUUUACUAUACGACCUGACACCUUCAAAGUAUAUCACAACUGUAAUUACCGAAGUGGGAAUGAUUCCGUGUACUAGCGUGCCUGUG